AUGGACACAGUGCCAGCGGCUGGCAAGUCACCAGCAAAACGAACAGCUCCAAGAAUUGGCACCUGUCCAGCAACCAGCGUCGUGCCAGCGACUGGCAGUUCUCCAAUGACUGCAACAUCUCCAAUACCAGCACCUCCAUAUGCACCGAUAAUGUCACCAGGCGCAAUUCCUGGAGCUAGACCAGCCAGACCCGCACCCAGACCGUACGCACCACCAGCGAGACCUGCACUCAGACCUGCAGCUGGGACUAAAGCAGGUGAGAUACCAGCACCAUAUCCCAGGCCGUAUCCAUUAGGCAAUCCAGCAUUCAGGCAAUUGCUG